AGUGAAAGUUCCGAUUCUAGGGGAGGGUGAGGGUCGAGAAGCCAGCGUGAAACGAGGAGGGCGCAGGGCGAGGAGAGAUCAGCAUGGAGGGGAAAGCUCAAGACAGCGGCGAGGAGAGAGCGCGGGGCGAAGACGCGGUCUCUUAUGAAAAGGGUCGGGGUGAGGAGAAGUCGUCUCGCAAGGACGGUAAGGCCCGCGACGAGGAGAAAUCUAGAGCAGAGGAGAGACCCCGAGAAGAGGAGAGAUUGUGGGGUGAAGAGAGACCUCGAGGAGAGAAGAGAUGGCGGGGCGAGGAGAGACCCCGAUGGGAGAGAUCGCGGGGCGAGGAUAGACCCCGAGGAGAGGAGAGAUGGCAGGCCGAGGAGAGACCCCCAGGAGAAGAGACUUCGCGGGGCGAGGAGACGCUCGGAGGAGAGAGAUCGAAGGGUAAGGAGAGACCUCGAGGAAUGGAGAGAUCGCGGAGCGAGGAGAGACCCCGAGGAGAGGAGAGAUCGUGGGACAAGGAGAGACUUCAAGGAGAGAGAUCGCGGGGCGAGGAGAGACCUCGAGGAGAGGAGAGAUUGCGGGACAAGGAGAGACUUCAAGGAGAGAGAUCGCGGGGUGAGGAGAGACCUCGAGGAGAGGAGAGAUCGUGGGACCAGGAGAGACUUCAAGGAGAGAGAUCGCGGGGCGAGGAGAGACCUCGAGGAGAGGAGAGAUCGCGGGACAAGGAGAGACUUCAAGGAGAGAGAUCGCGGAGCGAGGAGAGACCCCGAGGAGAGGAGAGAUCGUGGGACAAGGAGAGACUUCAAGGAGAGAGAUCGCGGGGCGAGGAGAGACCUCGAGGAGAGGAGAGAUCGCGGGACAAGGAGAGACUUCAAGGAGAGAGAUCGCGGGGUGAGGAGAGACCCCGAGGAGAGGAGAGAUCGUGGGACCAGGAGAGACUUCAAGGAGAGAGAUCGCGGGGCGAGGAGAGACCCCGAGGAGAGGAGAGAUCGUGGGACCAGGAGAGACUUCAAGGAGAGAGAUCGCGGGGCGAGGAGAGACCUCGAGGAGAGGAGAGAUCGUGGGACCAGGAGAGACUUCAAGGAGAGAGAUCCCUGGGCGAGGAGAGACCUCGAGGAGAGAGGUUGAGGGGCAAGAAGAGACCCCGAGGGCAAAAGGGAUCCUGGCGUGAUGUGCGAUCCCUGGGCGAAGACAAGGUCUUUCAGGAGACGGGCCGGGGUUCUAGCUGCAUAGUGCGCUGCCCAGCUAUGUUCCCUACCGGUUUUGUGUGGCCAAGAGUACGAGUCCUGCGUGUGUUUUUGGCACUGCUGGCGGUACUACCGGCGUCGUCAAGCGAGUGGAAAGCCGGUGAUUUUCAGGAUUGCACCUGGCAGGUUGUUCUGAAUAGGUUUGAUAGGGUAGGUAACAUCAGUGUGAGUGACCGCUUCUAUGAUCAAGAGCUCGUGGAUACUGUGGACAGCGUAUUCAGCAUGCUGGUGGACUCGCCCAUUGAUCCGCAAGAGAAAUACCUGGGCUUCCCUUACUACCUCAAAAUCAGCUAUUCCUGUGAGGGACAGCCCAGCUCCCAGGCCCCCUGCAGCCUUCUCUGGCAGAAAGCACUAAGCACCCUCUUGCUGCUGUUCCACACAUGUGAAGGACCCUUCUGUUCCUCCUGCCACUGCCCUGGCCCAAGGGAUAGGGUGGCAGUGGGACCUGGAAGCCACCAUAAGGAAAUACCUGUGGGCCAUCUCCCCUCAGCCUUCCGAGGACCUGGUCCGAAGUGGCCACCUGGUGGGGCUGAAGCCCCUGGUGUUGGUCACCUUCCAGUCCUCUGUGAACUUCCACCGCUGGAAGAUAGAGCAGCUGCAGAUCAGGAUGGAGGCGGCCCCCUUCCGCUACCCAGGUUCCAUGUGAAUAUCAAUGGUUUCCUCAAGAAGCAGCAGAACACCAUCGAGUUCACGCUGGGAUCAGAGCUGUUUGACCUGGCACCCCAGUACUUCCUGAAUGCCUCCUCACGGCCCCUGUGGUACACUCUGGAUCAGUCGCCCGUGCUCAUUCUGGGUGGCAUUCCCAAUGAGAAGGCCAUCCUGCUGACCGAUACCAACUUUGAGACCUUUUCUCUUGUGGAGCUGAGCAUUGACAGUUGCUGGGUAGGCUCCUUCUACUGCCCCCAGGCUGACUUCUCGGCUACCAUCUAUGAUGCCAUCUCCACCGAGAGCACCCUCUUUAUUCGGCAGAACCAGCUUGUCUACUAUUUCACAGGCACCUAUGCUACACUGUACAACCGCAGUCACAGCAGCGGCAGCUGGGUUCGGGUCCUGACCACUGAGUGCAUCAAGAGGCUGUGUCCCGUACUUUUCCACAGUAACGGCUCUGAGUACAUCAUGGCCCUCACCACAGGCAAGCAUGAGGGCUAUCUGCACUUCGGGACCAUCACAGAGGGCCGCGUGUCCUUCAAAAUGCUGCCCAAGGGCAGGUCCGUGUGCGAGCUGAUCUCCGUUGGCAACUGCUCCAUUUUGUGGGCCGUGUUCGUCUCAGGUGAUUACAAGGUCCUGCUGCUGGUGGAGAUCCAGGGCCACGCAAAAUCUUUCUGUGUGGUCAGCUACAGCCUGGUCACUAAUGACGCAAAAGUCCUGUACAUCAUCCCAGACUUCAUCCCUGAUGCUCAGGGCAUGGAGUUCCUGAUGAUGGUAGGCACAGAGAAGUACACCAGCUCUCCCAUGGUGCCCAAGGGUAUGUUCUUCAACACCUACAACAACCUGCUGUUCAUCUGGGGCAACUUCCUCCUGCAGAGCUACAAUGAAGAAAACUACACAUACUUGGCAGGUUUCCCCAAAGAGUUAUGCAUCAAAUACCUGGUCAACUCCUUUGGUGGGGACAUCGUUAUUAUCACAGAGACUGAAGAGAUCUGGUACCUCCUGGAAGGCAAUUAUCGUGUGUACCGGCUGUUCCCUUCCCACGGCUGGAGCAUCCACUCCAGUCUGCAGAUGUUGCAACAGUCCUCCCUCUAUGCUGCCAAUGAGACCUCAGUCACUUUCUUCUACGAAGACAGGGAGCUAUACCAGCUGGUGUAUCUCCAGGGCCACAGGCAGGGUCGCCUGGUCAAGAGGCUGGUGCCCGUGGAGAAGCUGCUGCUAUAUGAGCAACAGAGCCACUAUCGCUUGGACCGGCAGGGGCCUACACACGUGAGGAGCGCUAUCGGGCUCGACCACCACACAUUCUGGAGAGCUCGGGCUUCCACAGCGAGAAGUCACUUGCUGUCUACCAGGGCCUGCUCUACUACCUGCUCUGGCUGCACACCAAGUACAACAAGGCUGGAACCCAAGCUAGGGCUAUCUGGGGCUCGCUUAUCUGGCCCUUGUCGCCCCAUUGCUCCUUCAAUCCUUGGGUCCCCGCAGCCAUAUGCAGACCCGGUGCAUGAUCCUACUUGGCGCUGGUGGAAAAACAAGAAACAGGACCAGGAUUAUUACCUAUAUCUCAAGAGAAACUGGCUGAGUGCGGGUGGCGUGCACAUUGACAUGGCCAGCUACGAAAAGAUCUACAACCUCAAGUCCAAGUACCAGCUGCCUGCAUACAUUUUCCUGGACAAGGGCAACUCCUACCAGUUCUCCUUAAAGAUGCGCUCCAAAGAGGGCUCUGCCUUCCAGGUGCAGCGCAAGCUGGCAGUGGGCUUUGUGCUGGCUGAUCCCCACUGCAUCGAGGCCUUUGCGAAGCAGGAGACUACUGUUAUUCGAAACUCAGUGCAGUUCUUGAUUACACUCAGGGAUAAAAAGUUUUGCUAUGACCAAGGCAUUAGUGGACAUCAUCUCAUGAAGACUUCUGUGAUGGUCAAGGUACAAGGGUCUUCCGGGCACUGCUUCCAGAGCACGCACUUGGGGCUCCAUAUGCAAGGCAACCUGAUGCUGCCAGUGUUUAUCGGCUGCCCCCCAGGAAAGCGCCUGGCCUUCGACAUCACCUACACACUGGAAUACAACCGCCUGCUCAACAAACAAUACUUUGACUGCGUGCACCCAGACCCCGAGAUGCCCUGCUUUCUCUUCCGUGACCAGUUCCACCCCUUCUUCUUGAUUCAAGAUUUGGUGACGGGAGACUCAGGCAGUUUCAAGGGCAGAUACGUGCUGAAAGUGGUGGGCGGCGGGCCCACUCUGGACAGUCUUCGCGACUACAGCGAGGAGGAAAUCUACCGCUUCAACAGCCCCCUGGACAGGACUAACAGCCGCAUCUGGACCACAAAGACCAUAGAGACCACCAAAGACGACGCUUUCCACAUCAUGUCCCCCGAGAGCUUCGGCAUCGAGUGGCUGUGUUUGGAGAAUUCCCCGUGCUAUGACACCAUCCCCCAAAGCAUCUUCUCACCUGAAUUCUACUUCAAGGUGUUGGUGAGCAAUAGAGGUGUGGACCACAGCACCUACUGUGACUACCAGCUCAUCUUCCUGCUGCACAUCCAUGGGCUGCCGCUCGGUUUCAGGCGGGCCCUCUACAUCGCCAUGGUGUCAGCCAGUGUGUUUGUUGGCCUGGUGUUCCUCUACAUCACCUUCUGCCUCUUGUGGCCACUUAUGGUGAAGGCCUGGAACACGCUCCUCUGGAAGAUGAACACUGUCAUCACCUCUGAGUCCUACUACUACUCCACGUCCUUGAGCAGUUCAUCACAGAUUAGUGGCGAUGUCACCCCCAAACUCAGUUUAAAGGAGGACGAUGGGGCCAGGGCCGAAGCUGAGGAAGAAGUCCUGAUCUGAGCCUCAAGCCCUUGCCCCUGCUUGGCUUCUCCUAGUAUCCCAUCUUGGAAAUGCAGCAUGGUUCCUACCCUGGCCUUUAUUUGUUGUACUUGAAUAUUCACCUCUCAUUCAGACCCAAAUAAAGCCCCAUGUCAGGAUCAGCCAUGAAUCUUCAGAA